CCAACAAUAAAGACAGACUUCCUCUUUCUAAAGGCCACAUGAUAUACAUGCAUGGAGUGGAAUUCUACAGCACAGCUGCAGUUUCCUCUGGUCCCAUCAAAGUCCAUUCAAGAGUUGCAUAACGGAGUUCAUCUGAGGGGGACUGUCCAGCCUGUGGGAGGAGAGGUUUUCUCUGCAGCUGAAGAGAGGAAGAACAAUCAGCUCUCUGUCCCUGUUCACCACACAUUUAAGGAUCACUCAUGGCUGAGGAGACAAAGCAGACUUGCUACGAAGGCAGUUAUGUCCACAGCUUUCAGUUCUACCUCGAACAUUCAGGAGAGCACAAGGCCAUUCUAAAGUGUGCCAACAACGUCCUGCCAGCAGAAUUUCAGAGAAUUGCAGCAGGUAAAAGCAGCUUUGAUGUUCUUGGAGUUGGAAGUGGUGGAGGGGAGGUGGAUGUCCAGAUGCUCACUCUCCUUCAGUCUACCGUCCCUGCUGUCCCGAUUACUGCUGACAUUGUGGAGGGCAGUGCUGCACUUGUGGAAAACUUCAAAGCUUUGGUAGCAAAGACAACCAACCUUCAGAAGAUUCCAUUUGCUUGGCAUGUCAUGGGCAGUGAGGAUUAUGAAAAGCAAGUCAAGGCAAAAGGAAACAUGAAGAAAUUUGACUUCAUACACAUGAUUCAGAUGAUCUACUAUGUGGAUAACCUUUCCAACACUAUUAAGUUCUACCACAGCCUCCUAAAGAACAACGGCAGGCUUAUGAUCAUUGUUGAAGCAGCUGAUGGUGGCUGGGACACCCUGUGGAAGACUUUCAAGAAAGAGCUCUGCGUGGAUGCCAUCACAGAAUACCGCUCAUCAGCAGAGAUAAUUGCUAGUCUGAAGAACCAGGGUCUGAAAUAUGAGGAGCAUGCCAUUCCCAACUCCUUUGACAUCUCUGAGUGCUUUAAUCCAGAGAGCAAGACUGGAGAACGGCUUCUGAAUUUCAUGACAGGGCAGAUCUUUUACCAGGCCUUCACCCCUGAGAUAAGAGCUGGCAUGUUGGACCUUCUCAGAAACAAAUGCAGCACUGAAAAAGAUGGCAGAGUGCUCUUCAACAGCAAGCUGAGCUGCAUACUAGUUCAUGCUUGAGUAUGGCUUCUUUAGAAAGAUUCUGAUCUUACUUCUUGCAUUUAUAAUCACUGGAUUAGAAUAGUAUGCAUGUGUGUUUGUAAGUUUGUUGCACACACCAGUUUUCACUCUUUUUAGCCUCGGCAUCUACUCUCUGUACGGAAUGAUUAAUAAAAACAACUAAAACCGUUUUCUGUUCACUCAAAUAAUUGCUAAAGACUGUCUGUAUCAUUAAAUAUAAAAGAGCGGCACUAA